UUCGUUUGAGAAGAACCCCUCCCCGUAAGCACAACCAGGAAAAAUACCACCGUCUCCCUCCCUCCGUCUCUCUCAUCUUUUCCCCCUCUCUCUCCUGAAAUCUGAUUCGCCUCUUUUAGUUCGUUACACUCGUUUCUCUUUCAUAUUUUGGAUUUACGAUCUUCAAAAUUUCAACUUUGUAUCCUAGCAAUAUCAAUUUAUGGUGGUUCAAUCUACUCUUCGUGCCUCUUAAUCUUCGCGUGUACUCCAACCAUAAUAUUCGUUGACAUUGCACAAAUCUCGAGAUUGAUGGCCUUCUUGUCUUGCUCGAAACCCUAAAGCAGUCUCAGUCAGGAGUCCGAUGAUCUGACCAAGUAGUCUCUCUUUAGGGUUUCGAUUUUAAUUUCUAUUGCUCUUUUGUAUCUAAAUUGUUGUUCUUUUCAUGAUUUAACAUCCCGUUAGCUUUCUAAUUCAAUUUUCUUAUUUGACUUUUUUUAAAUUUCGGUUGUAUUUUGUACGUAAUAAAAGUGCUCAUCUUGAAUGUUGUUUUAGGGUUCUACUUUUGUAACGAUUUUCUAUAAAUACUCUAUUUUUUGUUUUUCUUUCAAGGCUUAUAGUAGCAGUGCUGACCAUUUGUAAAAUAAAAUAAUAAUAAUAAUACUCAUAUGUAUAUAUAUAUAUAUAUAUUAUAUGUGGUGUUCUAUAAGUUUCUAGUUGCUACAAAUUUGACUUGCAGUUUGUGAAAAUUAUUUUCUGGGCAACUGGGAAGAAAAGUUUAAAACUCUCUCUCUUUCUCUCUAAAGUUAUAAAGUAUAGUUCUAUUUAUUUAUUUAUUUUUGGGGCGCAAAUAAUAGAGUUGUCAUAGUGUAAGCAAGCAGUGGGCUAGUUAGGGGAUAGCCGUGCAUGGGCGAACAUGAGAGCUGGGCACAGCCAAGUGGCCUAUUGCAGGUCCAGUAAUCCGAGUCCUUGACUCGGAGAGAUGGUUAAAGGCCGAGGAGAGAACCGCAGAGCUUAUUGUCUGCAUUCAGCCCAACCCACCAUUGGAAGAGCGCAGAAAGGCAGUUGCCCAUUAUGUGCAACAACUCGUCAUGAAGUGCUUCCCUUGCCAGUGUAUCAUUUAGUUGAAGUGUUGACCAUUACCCUGGUCACUUUUCUAUCUGGGCUAACAAAGGAAAACUGCAUCAAAGUGGGAAAGAGGACCAUUGAUUGUCAGUCUCGUUCAGGAAUCAGAAUAUAGUGCUAAAGAUGUACCUUUCCCAAGUGGCUAGACAAUACAAUUAUCAACUUAGCAACCCUCUAUUGGAACACUCAAGUGGAACUUAGCAACCUUCAGUGGACAUGGAUUUAAGAAGAUACUAUGGCCUGGAUUUUGUAAUGUCUUUCUUGGAGAAGAAAGCAGAGGCAGCAAUACUCAAAGCCAAACUUGACCAGGACUCCACUAGUGUACCUUCGGCUACCUCCGCAGCUAGCUUAUUGUUCAAUUCAGAGAAAUCCAAAUACCCCGAGCAGAAACGUCCAAUCCGUCUAUCUGUUGCUUAUGACAUUGCUGCUUCUGCUGCAUCUUAUGUCCACUCUCGUGCCAAGGACCUUUUAUCCCUUGGCUCUGAGCCCCAACAGGAGGGUGAUGGAGUGGUAUCACGCGAUAAAGGAGACCACUCACAGGAGGAGGAAGGGAACUCUGCCUCACGAGUGUACAAGUCAGAGAUGGCUGCAUAUAUGGCAGCAUCAACAAUGACAUCAGUGGUUGCUGCAGGCGAGAAAGAAAAGCAGGAGGCUGCAAGAGACCUUCAAUCACUUCACUCCUCACCUUGUGAAUGGUUUGUUUGCGAUGAUCUAAGCACAUGCACUCACUGUUUCGUCAUUCAGGGAUCAGACUCAGUGGCAUCAUGGCAUGCUAAUCUCUUCUUUGAACCCACCAAAUUUGAGGAGACAGAAGUUAUUGUUCAUAGAGGAAUUUAUGAAGCUGCUAAGGGAAUAUAUGAGCAAUUCAUGCCAGGAAUUAUGGAACACUUGAAUAAAUACGGGGAUCGAGCAAAGUUUCAGUUCACUGGUCAUUCACUUGGGGGUAGUCUUUCUCUACUAGUCAACUUAAUGUUAUUGGCAAGAAAGGUUGUCAAGCCAUCUGCACUCCUGCCAGUUGUUACUUUUGGAUCACCAUUUGUCUUCUGUGGAGGGCAAAAGAUACUUGAUGAGUUGGGUUUGGAUGAGAGCCAUGUUCAUUGUGUGAUGAUGCAUAGAGAUAUCGUCCCGAGAGCAUUCUCCUGCAACUACCCGAACCAUAUCACACAGCUCCUCAAGCAAUUGAAGUCCUUCCGGUCCCACCCUUCUCUAAAUAAGAAUAAAUCGUUAUAUUCUCCAAUGGGUAAAGUAUUCAUUCUCCAAUCGGACGAGAAUUCAUCUCCUCCUCACCCUUUACUACCUUCAGGAUGUGCCCUAUAUGCCCUGGAACAAAACCAAUGUGGUUCCACCAAGAGUGCACUUAAGGCCUUCCUCAAUUCUCCCCACCCGCUAGAAACACUAAAAGAUCCCACAGCUUAUGGCUCGGAAGGUACCAUUCUCAGAGACCACGACUCGAGCAACUAUCUGAAGGCAAUGAAUGGGGUUAUAAGGCAACACAGGAAGAUGGUUGUCCGGAAAGUGCGAAAACAGAAUCUCUUGUGGCCUUUACUGACUGCACAAUCUCCACAUGCUUGGAGCCAAGAACAAAAUCUUGAGAACAAUCGAAUGGUAACCAAGGAGGUAAUGACCAGCGCUUGAAGUUCUUUCCAAGGUCAAAAGAAAACAUAGAGAGUGUACCUAAGAGUUCAAGUUCGGGAGUCCCCGUUUCAUGUACAUUCUGUCUUAGGUUUUAGUUUGCAAUUGUACUUUUAUGUUUUUUUAGCAGUACAGUUGCUAAUAUUGUUAAUUAAAUGUUCAUGUAACUAGUAAAAAUGUUAUCCAGAAAUUGUCUCGAGUUGGGGAAAAUCUAAAAACUUUGGAGACUGCCAUUCGGUUCAGGUGCUACUGGAUCAUGAUGAAAGCAUAAAUAUUGGAGACAAAGUUCUAUUUUUAAUUUUUUAUCAA